AUGGGAAAUACUGAGAGUAAUGUCACCAGCGGUGUUAAAAAACAAGCAGGAGCUGCUAUGCAGCCAAUUUACAAACUUUGCGAUUUAAAAGGUGGAGGAUUACUUGUAGAGCUUAUGAAGAGGGCCACCCAAAACAAACAGUAUGCCGAAAUAGAUCAUGCUAUUAAAACCAAGGUGGAACAUUUCCUUUACAACAAAGGCGCAGGUCGCUACAUUCCCAUUUCUCAGAUGGUUCUUUUGAGAAAUAAAGAAAGAGCUAGGCAUAAACUGUUACCACAACUUAAAGGUAUGGAGAAUCCUGACGAAUUCGAAGUAGAUGACGAAGGAACAGAAAUAAGCGAAGAAGAGUAUCGUAAAAAUCCAUCCAAGUACAGGCCCGUCUGCUGGAAACUAAAGGAAAGAGGCGCAGUAGGAGAAACGAUAAUGCAUCUUUGUUUGCUGAAUGCCACAUCUUUGCAUGCCGACAUUGCAAAAAGACUUUUGCGAUUCUAUCCCAAUUUGAUUUGGGAUAUUUACAUUUCCGAUGAAUAUUAUGGUGAAAACGUGUUACAUAUUGCCAUAGUAAACGAAGAUCCGUCUAUGGUGAAAUUUCUCUUGGCAGCCAACGUAAAUAUCCAAGAACGAUGUUUCGGCAACUUCAUGUGCCCGGAAGACCAAAAAUCUUCGAGAUUCGAUUCGCUGGAUCACGAAUGGGUCAAUGUUUGUCCGGAAACCAACUACGAUGGAUAUGUUUAUUGGGGCGAAUAUCCAUUAUCGUUUGCGGCAUGUUUAGGACAAGAAGAAAGUUUUCGUUUGAUUCUAGCAAAAGGUGCAGACCUAGAUGCUCAAGAUACUAAUGGAAAUACAAUUUUGCAUUUGCUUGUGAUUUAUUCCAAAGUAGAACUUUUCGAUAUGGCCUAUGAAGUUGGAGCUAGCCUACCGAUCAAAAACGUACAAAACUUAACUCCCCUUACACUUACAGCAAAACUGGCACGUAUGGAUAUAUUUUUCCAUAUUUUGAAACUGGAGAGAGAAAUAUACUGGCAAAUUGGAAGCAUCACUUGUGCAGCUUAUCCUCUGUCCCAAAUUGAUACGAUAGACACUAUAACUGGUCAAAUAAGUAAAACAUCCGCGCUAAACUUAGUUGUGUUUGGUGACAAAGACGAACAUCUAGAACUUCUGGAUGGAGUAUUAGUGGACCUAUUGAACGCCAAAUGGAACACUUUUGUGAAAUUCAAAUUUUAUAGACAAUUUUUUACAUUCGCUUUCUACUUUAUCAUUUCUCUUAUAGCUUUCAUCCAUAGACCAGGUCCAUCAAUUCACGCAGAAGUUUCCAAAACAAGUACAAACACGACUAAGCACACAAGCGCUUUCAAUAUAACUCCGGAAAAUGUAUCUGCAGCUUUAAACCUAACAAGUCAAAUAAUGAAAAACUUGCAUAAAGCCGUCAAAAAAGAUAACAUGGAUCAUAACGAUGACGAUGAUUACGAUGUCGAAGAAUGGUGGGAUAAUUUACAAGAAGAAUGCAGAUUGAUGAAUCUAGACAAAGAAGAGUCGCAAGUUAGAUUCGCCGCUGAAAUCGGUAUAACUUUUGGUGCUUUUUUUUAUCUGGCAGCUGCUGUGAGGGAAGCUCGCUUUCUAGGGCUGCGGAUGUUCUUUGAGAACUUGAUGACCGCACCUUCUCGUGUCAUGUUUCUCUUUUCUUGUAUUCUGGUGUUUGGGGUGAUACCGUGGUUGCGCUUGUUGUGUCUUGAUGAAAUUGAAGACGUCAUCGCGGUAGUUGUAAUGUUGACUACAGCUCCGUAUUUCCUGUUUUUUUGUAGAGGCUUCAAAACAGUCGGCCCUUUUGUAGUUAUGAUCUACCGCAUGGUGAUGGGUGAUCUUUUGCGUUUUGCCGCUAUAUACAUGGUAUUUGUUAUGGGAUUUUCUCAAGCUUACUACAUAAUAUUUUUAUCAUUCGAUAAUCCAUUGACACCUGAAGAUGUUGACGAUUCUAAAACUAAUCCAAUGUCCACUCCUGCUGAAUCAAUAAUGGCAAUGUUUCUUAUGUCAAUGACCAACUUUGGAGAUUAUUAUAACGCCUUUGCAAGAACCGAACAUGAAUAUGAAGCGAAAGUAAGGAAGCAACAUGAUCACGGCUCAAGCUAA